AUGGCCAAAUCCUUCCCAGUACUCUGCUCACUUCUGUUCUUUAUCCUGAUACAUUUGACGUUACCUUCUGGCCCUCCACACUGGUGGCCACCACAUGGAAAUAUUAAGGUGAAAUGUCCAUAUAAGAAAGGAUUGAGUUGGUUCAAUGGAACAGUGAACCCCUGCCCUGGUAUAUAUCAACCCAUCUGUGGCAACAAUUUGGUAACCUAUGAAAACCCCUGCAUCUUGUGUGUUGAGAGCAUGAAAUCUCAGGGAAAAAUUAGAUUUCUGCAUGAUGAAAAAUGCUGA